AAACGCUUGAUUCUCAACACUGAUCUGCAGUUUCCCCCUCCCCUUGAAGCUCGAACCCCCGUUCGAGUUUCAAACCUUCUUGUCCAUAAUACAAACUCUACAUAUCUUUUUCCCUCUCUCAUAUUUCUGCUCAUAACAGUUCAUAUUUCUUUUUCGUGUAACAAAUGAAUACCAAGAUGCAUGCAAGAUAUGGCACAGAUGGACAUCGCAUGGACGUGGAUGUGAAUGCUUUCAGCCUUUCGUGGGCUCCUCGUUCAGUGAUCAUGCACUACGAUGUUUCUAUCAAACCCGAUUUCAAUGGACCUGGGGGGAAGGAUAUCAAUGUUGGUGGUGAGAAGGGGACCGAGAUUUUGCAGAGACUUCAAGUGAAUAUACGUCCUGAGUUGUUUCCGAAACCUGGAGCUUUUGACGGCAAGAAGAACUUGUAUGCGUUUAGACCUUUCAAAUUCACAUCUGAACGGUUCGAAGUUCCGUGGGACAAGGAACAUACUCCUGGAAGAAAGAUGAAAACAGUCACGAUCCAAAUAGUUCUUGUCCGACGCGUCGAUAUAUCAUUACUCCGCAAAGUUCUCAGCGGUAAUGAACAAGGGAACCCUAGCGCGAUUGGCCCUGGGACUGAUGUAGCAUCGUCCCUGAACAUGCUACAAGCCUUCCUCCAAGCCGCUCCGAAAAUGGCCAAAGGAAAUUUACACAAAGGGAAAAGCGUUUACGUGCAAUGGAGCAAAGGAUACCAGCAGACAUCUGAUCAAAAAAGAAUUGAUGAACGCAUGCGGCCUUUGAGACUCGUAGAUGGAUUUUUCCAGAGCGCACGAAUGACCAUGGGAAGUCUUAUAGUCAAUAUAGAUUUGUCGGUCGGCGUAGUACUUCAAGAGAUGCAGUUAGAGGCACUGUGCGCGGCCUUCCUCAAAUGUAGCAAUUUUCGACACCUCAAUCAGCUCUGCUCCGCUUCAGGUGGAGAGUUUGACAAACUUCGUCAUUUUCUUCGGGAUGUCAAGGUUUCCAUUCAUAUUCCGGGCAAAGCUUCGAAAUCUAAAGGACGGAGGGCGAUCCGAAAUUUGAUUCGUGAUGUCGGGGCUCAUAGUUUUGACCGGAAUGGAGUACCGACUACGAUUCGAGACUACUUCUUGUCUACACAUGGAGUGCGCAUUCCCCCUCAAAGUAUUGGUGUAGUAAUUGGAAAUCAUGAAAUAUUUCCAAUAUCUGUAUGUGUAGUCCCCGAACAACUUUACAAGUCGAAAUUACUUCCCGAUCAUGUUCGGGAAGUGCUCUCAUUCGUACCGAAAAACCCCCGAGAGCGUUUACAGAGGAUUAAAGCUGGAUGGCAAAAUCUUGAAUACGAUAAUUCAGAGUUUUUGAAGGGUGCAGAUAUCGCGGUGCGGCCAGAGGCUCUCACUAUUAGCGGGCGUAUACUUCCCUCACCUCAAAUCAUGUAUGGGGGAACACACGGGCCAUAUAAGCUAACACUCGGAAAACCAGGAACAUGGGAUGUAAUGCGAAAGACAUUUUGGGCUCCUGCCAAAAUUAGUUUUGUGCUCAUAUUCAAUCUGACGGGGCGGCGUCACGGCGAGGAGAUGAAGGCUUUCAUGAGCUUCCUUUUCAAGACGUUAUCAGAGAGAGGCAUUGCUGUCCCAAAAACCAGCCUUAUCCUUGAUGACAAUGGUGCCGACCCUAAAUCACUCAUUCGCCGCGAGGCAGAAAAGCAUAAUGCGAAGCCGAAUGGACUCUUAGUGCUCGCUCUCCUUCCAGAAAACGCUGCGGAGCUCUAUGCAAAUGUAAAGAGGGUCGGAGACAUACAACUGGGUGUUCCAACUCAAUGUAUCCGCUGGUCUUCGAAGCUCAUCCAGAAUGUCAAAAGUAAUCGCGUCGACCAAUACCUGAAUAACCUUGCUCUGAAAAUCAACGCACGCUGUGGAGGCGUCAACCACGUACCUUCGUCUAUUGCCAUGAACUAUUUAGCCGAAAUGCCUACCAUGGUAAUAGGGGCCGACGUCACACACCCUAGCCCAGGAAGUACAGCGCCCUCCUUCGCAUCACUAGUGUCUUCCCGGGAUCCGCAGUGUUCGAUAUAUUCCGCACAGAUGAAAAUCCAACCAUUCCGCAGAGAGAUCAUCGAGUCCGUCGAUGACAUGAUGACCAAAGCGAUCAAGAUUUUUCGCAUGAAUUCCGAUGACACGAAAUAUCCACAUUUCAAAUUGCGAAGAAUCUUCUUCUUCCGAGACGGAGUUUCAGAAGGGGAGUUCGAAACUGUCCGGGAACUCGAGCUGAAUGCUUUGAAGAGGCUAUUGGAGAAAUUUUAUGGCCGGGACAGGCCAAGGAUCACUUUUAUAGUCGUUGGGAAACGACAUCACUUUAGAUUUUUCCCCAAAUCUGGAGGAACCGCAGACGCCUCUGGGAAUUGUCCUUCAGGCUUCGUAGUUGAUCGAGGUAUUGAACAUCCAGUUUACUCGGACUUUUAUCUGCAAUCCCAGCCCGGGUUGAAAGGCACGAGCAUCCCGGCGCAUUACACGGUCAUUGAAGACGAGAAUCUAGGCGGAAAUGGAGACCGUUUACAAAGCCUCGCAUACGCCCUAUGCCAUACAUAUCAACGCUCUACUCGUUCGGUCAAAUUACCCGCGCCAGUCUACUACGCAGAUCUCGUCUGUCAACGUGCCAAAUUUCAUUUUCAGCCUAGGUUCUCGAACCAAUUAGACGGUUUCUCCGAUGCUGCCACCGACGACACACCUGAAAGCUUGACUCAAGAUUUUCGUAACCUACACCAGAAUCUAGACAUGACUAUGCAUUUCAUGUGACAAGUUCUUCCUUCAUGACAAUGUACAUACAUCUUCUAGUAGAACUGUUUAAGGUGAUUUUUCGAAAAUGGAAAAGUCUACUGUGGAAUAUCCAAAGAAGGCAAAAAUGUAGUCCGCAAUUGGUGUGGGAGGAUAAGGUGUUUGUGUUGAUGGAUUGGUUCCGAC